AUGAUACUGUCACGCAAUGCAGUCUGUACUCUCCGAGGCGCUCGGAGCUUGUCGACGCGCGCAUCGACUAUCCUUUCAGCACUCGACAUCCCUACUGGUGCUGUGGAACUCCCAGGCGUCUACGAUGGGCAGUGGUCUGGCUCUGGAGAUGUGCUAGAAAGCGUGUGUCCCACGACUGGGGAGGUGCUUGCACGCGUUCGUUCGGCGACACCUCAUGAGCUGCACAAAGCACUAGAAAAGUCUAAGGAAGCUUUUCAUCAUCUCAGGACGAUUCCCGCUCCCAAGCGAGGAGAGCUCUUACGACAGAUCAGAGAAGCACUUUCCGCGAAGCGUGACGUUCUUGGUGCACUGGUCUCCCUCGAAAUGGGGAAAAUAAAAACAGAAGGCAUUGGGGAAGUUCAGGAAUUCGUGGAUAUUUGCGAUUAUGCGGUAGGCUUAUCUCGAAUGAUGAACGGCAGGGUUGUGGCAUCUGAAAGGCCCGGUCACACUAUCCUGGAAGUGCCCAACCCUAUUGGCGUCGUUGGCGUGCUUACUGCGUUCAAUUUUCCGGUGGCAGUAUAUGGGUGGAACUUCGCGCUUUCAGUCGCCGCUGGGAAUGCGAACGUCUGGAAACCUUCGCCGAGUACACCUCUUUGUUCCAUUGCUGUAACAAAGAUUAUUGCAAGCGUACUGGAGAAGAACGGCCUCCCUGGCGCUGUGUCUACUCUCAUCACGGGCGAAAAGGAUGUUGGAGAAGCUAUCGUUGAAAGUCGGGAUAUACCCCUUGUUUCAUUUACAGGUAGUGAGGCUGUAGGCAGGGUCGUUGGCAAGGCUGUUCAGUCUAGAUUCGGCAAGAGCAUCUUGGAGUUGGGCGGGAACAAUGCGUCAAUCAUCAUGCCAGACGCAGACUUGUCAUUAGCUGUAACGGCUGUCUUUUUUGGCGCUGUUGGCACUGCUGGUCAACGGUGCACAUCUACCAGGCGACUUUAUGUCCAUCGUGCGAUUGCGCCGAAAUUCCUCGACGCCCUUCAGAAGUUAUAUGCUACUGUGUGCGUUGGAGACCCUCUAGUAGAAGGCACUUUACUCGGACCUUUGCAUACACGUGCAGCUGUUGGAGUUUACAGCGACGCUGUGCAGCGACUUCACCAAUCCGGUGCUGACAUUCUUACUGGUGGAAAGAAAUAUGACCAUGCGGCAUUGAGCCAGGGUAAUUUUGUCCAGCCCACGAUCACCGUUCCCAAGACCACGGAUCCUACUGAUAAGAUAUGGAGUACUGAAACUUUCGCACCUAUCCUGAACGUCUGCUUGUUUGACGAGCUGGAGCAGGCCAUUGAAUGGAACAAUGCUGUUCCCCAAGGACUGUCUAGCAGCCUCUGGACCAGAGACCUUCGGAACGUUGGCAAGUGGAUUGGCCCCGAAGGUUCAGAUGCUGGUAUUGUCAAUGUCAACGUUGGGACUAGCGGCGCCGAAAUAGGUGCCGCAUUUGGAGGCAAUAAGAGCACCGGAUGGGGCCGCGAAUCCGGCGGAGACGCCUGGAAGCAGUACGUACGAUGGAGUGCGUGUACGCUUAACUUUUCCGAUGCUGCACCUCUGGCGCAGGGAGUAAACUUCUCCACAUGA